GCCUCCAGCGCAGCGCGAGCGUCUGGGAGGCGAGCUAACCGUCCUCCUGCUGCCAACACCGGGUGAACCUGAGCACGAGGCGCCGCUCGGUGUCUCCGGAGUGAAAGUCUGUCUAAUGUCCAACCUUAAAACUAACUUCACCAACUCUAACUUUUUGCUUUUCACAGCGCAGUGUAACGUGACAUGAUAUGAAGAACAUGGAAGCAAAAGCUGAAUAACAAAUUUGAAAAUGAAUAACGAGCCAUGGCUUCUUUUAGGUGGUGUUUUGUGUUUAUCGUUCAGCUUCUCUGCGCUGCUGUUCGCGGUUUCCUCCAUCAGAGGGCGGCAGAACACCGCGGCCGUGAAGGCACCCUGACCGUGACGUCAUUUUCACGAGACGGAAGGCAAGGAGAGAAAGACAGCAUCAGCCCCUCAGAGAUCAGGCUCGUCCUUAUUGGUGGGAGAUGGGCUGGCAAGAGCUCCUGUGGCAACACCAUCCUGGGAGAGGACAGGUUUGAGUGUGGCCGAACCCGAACAGCUCAGUCUGAAGUGAGACAUACAGAUGUGGAGGGCAGGAAGCUCAUCGUGGUCGAUUCUCCAGGAUGGAAAUGCUCCCUCUCCCUCACUGAGAUCCCAGAGAGGGACAAGCAAAGGUUUAAACUCAAUGCGUCAAAGUGUCCGCCCGGACCAAACGCUUUCCUCCUUGUCAUUCCCAUAGACUGUGCUUUCUCUGGGGAGCAGAGGAGGACUGUGGAGCAGCACAUGAGGCUCCUGGGGGAGCAGGCCUGGAGAUACACCAUGGUGCUGUUCACCUGUGGGGACGUCCUCGGGAAGAAGACGAUAGAGCAGCACAUUGAGAGUGAGGGAGACGCACUCAAGUGGUUGAUAGAUAAAUGCAGGCACAGGUACCACGUGUUUAACAAUAAGGAGUGGAGGGACUCAUCUCAGGUGACGCAGCUGCUGAAGAAGAUCGAUGAGAUGGUGUGGCACAACAAAGGCAGCUACUACGAGGUAGACGAACAGACACUCAUCAUCAUUGAAACGAAGCAGCAAGAAGUAGCCGAAAAGGCUGAAAAGAGACGAAGGAGGGCCGAGGAACAAAGACAACAAAUGAAAACAGUCAUUAAAGAGUCGACGGAAGCUCUCCUAAAACUACAAAUUGUUGUCCUGGGCAGCCGGGGCGUUGGGAAAACCUCAGUGGGGAACACCAUCUUGGGAAUCAAAGACACAGAAGUCGGGACAAGGACAGCACAUUCUGUGGCCCGGCAGGGUUUUGUGGGUAAAACUGAAGUGACUGUUGUCGACACCCCAGGUUGGUGGAAAAGCUUCCCUGUGUACGACACUACUGAAGCCAUCAAAGAGGAAGUGAUGCUCAGCAUGUUUCUGUGCCCCCCUGGGCCUCACGUCUUCCUGCUGGUUAUAGAUGCAGAUGCAUCUUUCAAUGCCGAUCACUUGGAUGCAGUGACGACACACAUGGAGCUUCUCGGAGAAGAAGUGUGGAGACACACCGUCGUAGUCUUCACCAGGGGAGACUGGCUGGGCUCAAACACCAUAGAGCAGUACAUCGAAGGAGAGGGACAGGCCAUGCAGUCCCUGGUCGAACGAUGUGGAAACAGAUAUCAUGUCAUCGAAAACAAGAACGCAGAUGAUGGUACUCAAGUCACAGAGCUGCUGGAGAAAAUCACUGAGACUGUGGCAGGAAAUGGUUGGAACCAUUUUGCCCCCGAUGAGAAGAUAUUUCUGACCAUUCAAGAGAAAAGACGACAAGUGGAAGAAAGAGCAAGAGUGAGGGAAAGUCAAGUCAAGGCCAGAAGAAGAGAACUCAGCGGUUCCAGCAAUAGAUUACAGGAGCUGAGGAUAGCAAUGCUCGGUCAGAGGACAUCUGGAAAGAGUGCAUCAGGAAAUAAUAUCCUCUGUGAAGAAGUGUUCCCCACCUGUGAGAGUAUGCACUGUCGGGAGGAGAAGAGGGAAGUUGCUGGCAGAUUGAUCACUGUGACCGACACCCCGGGCUGGUGGAAGAAUUCCUCACACUGGACACAAGAGAUGGACAAAGAAAUGGUCCGAGGUCUGUCGGGGAGCCCAUUAGGGGUUCAUGCCAUGCUGCUGGUUGUGCCCUUGGACCUGAGGUUCAGAGAAGCUCAACAGGUCGCCCUGGAGGAACACAUGAACCUCUUUGAUGCCAGCGUCUGGAAACACACCAUGGUUUUGUUCACAUACAUAGACAAACUAGCAGAUGAAACCAUUGAGGAGCACAUUGAGAGGGAGCAUAACGCGUUGCACUGGUUGGUGGACAAGUGUGAGAACAGAUACCACGUUAUAAACAUUAUGAAUAAAAAUGAUCAGACUCAGGUCACCGAGCUGUUUGAGAAGAUAGAGGAAAUGGUGGCAGGGAACAACGGACAGCUCUUCAUCCCCGAUGUCAACAAGAUCCAUGAGAGAAUCGAAGAGAAGUUCAGGAGGUGGCAGCUCAAACAUGUGCUGAAGCAGCGAGUGGAGGAGGAGUACAGGAGGAGAGAGCUGGAGCUGAUGAUGGGCUUCAGGCAAACACUCUACGAGCUGCAAGCUGUUGUCCAUGAAAAAGCGACAAGCACUAAACCCAAGUCACUGAUUGCUGACAUGACCAAAAUCAGAGCCAAAGGUAUCGGUCAGAGGAAGAAAGGUGGAAAGGAGACGGAGGACAACAUAGGCGCAAUACUCAGCCACCAUAUUGAGAAGUUGAACAAGGACAUCAUGAGAUCCACAGAUCACCUUAGGAACAGCAUGGACUCCAUGUUCCCAGACUUGAAGGGAGACAAUCCAGCGCCAUCUAUUUUCUACUCUCAGUCAGAUAUGAGGUCACCAUUGAAGUCCUCACCCCCCUUUGAUAAUGUGCUAAGAUGGCUGUCCUCUCUUCAGAUCGCAACAAAUCCGGAGAGUGAGCUGACCCUCAACUUCUCUGAGACGUCAGGAUACAGAUCUGUGCCGCCAGAAGACGACUUAGACUUGGACACAGAAGCUGAUAUUCUUGAAUGACUCAAUGUAAAAAAGGCUAAAAAUGAAUAGAGCAUAAUAAUAAUAUUGACAUAUCACAAUAUGUGGAGGAUAAUCCUGUUGUUUAAGGUUAUUCACUAUGUAAAGUGUUGUUAUAGUUCUGGCGUUGUUUAAGGGUCUGUAGUUAGAGGGGACAAUUCAUUAUACCUUAUAUUACUAGUAUUCCCUUUCUAUUCAUGUGAAUUAUUUAUCCCUGUCCUCACAACAAUACAAUAUCUGAUAGCAAUAGCGAAGAUGUCUCACUCUCAACCAAUUUGUACACAAUUUUGCUGUUACACUGAUAAUUUUAAGCAAUUAAAAGGUGAAGGGAAGACAAUCAA